AUGAUCAUGAUAAUUUCCCAGGAAAUCGUGGAGGAGCGCGAAUUGUCUUAUCACUACGCCCUGCAUCGAGUCACCAGUCGAACGCUUUGGCAGUUCGCUGCGUGGUACUGCAACAGUUUUAUGCUGCAAUUGAUAUCGUGCACCAUAUUCAUCGUGGUGUUAAAGGUGGAGUGGACUGUAAAUACGUCGGUGUUCAAGAAAUGCCCUUGGCCAAUUUUGUUGCUAUUCUUCCUUUGCUAUGUGAUUUCCGUGUCGGCCUUUUCACUGCUCAUGGCGGUCAUCAUUCGCACCACCAAAUUGGUGGUGAUAAUAAUACCAAUUUACUGGAUCAUAGUACCGCUGCCGCUGCUAUCGGGCCAAUCGCUGGACACAUCCAUAUCGAGCGUGGUGCUGGCCAUGACCUCAUAUAUGCUCUGCAAUGUGACAAUGUACCGCGGCCUGAAGCGAAUGCUGAGCCUGGAGAACCACUUGUAUAAUCUGAGUGUCAAGGAAUAUCUCAUAUCCGCGCUGGUUAUCAAGGACAUAACGCUGCUGCAACUAAUUGGAUACUUUUUGGUUCAAACCCUGGUCUAUUUGGUACUGGCUAUUAUAUUGGAGCAGAACAUAGUGCCUUGGGUGUGCAAGUUGAUCCGGUGCUUGCCAUGCCGAAACCAGCUGCGUAGGACUCAACGUUGGAAUCGACGGCGUCGAAUUCAACGUCAAAAGAUGAUGGAACGAGAGAAAGACACCACCGAAAAUGUGUCCGAAACCGUUUCCCAAAUUCUCGAAUAUAAUGAUAAAAGGACCAUCCCCUCCAUGAGGUCACUCCAAGCGCACACAAACGAAUUGCGGCUCAAAAUGCCAGGCCUGCCAGCGGUGCCACCGUUGCCACGAAAAAAGUCAACGUUAACUAUUGCGAGCACCGAUUCGAGUAGCAGCACAAGUGAGUCGAGCGAUCAAAUAGCCCCGACUGAACAAGAUGAAUACGUAAUGGACAAGCAGCUGGUGGUUUGGUUGAGCAACAAUGACAUGAGGAACGAUAGCAGGAAUAGUAGAAGCAGCCAAGGCUCCUACAGAUUGAGUGAGGCACCGAAACAGUUCUCUGAAAAGGCGUACGAGUCUAGCAGCGACUCGGAUCACAGCUACAAGGACACUGACGACGAGGAGGCCGAUCGCAAGGGUCGCGUUGUCAUCGAAUUCAUCAAGGUGUGGAAGAAGUACCACAAAAUCUUUGUGGUGAGCAACUUCUCGCUGCAAGUGCACGAGAAUGAGCUGAUGGUGCUGCUGGGCCACAAUGCUGGCGGCAAAUCGACCAUCUUGAAUAUGAUCUGUGGCCGGACGGUGCCCAGCUCUGGCAGAGUACUGAUCGAGGGCCACAAUGUGGUGAAGCAUCCGGCGCGGGCACUGCAAAAUGUGGGCAUCUCCUACAAGAAUCUCAAAAUCUUCAGCGAAUUCACGUUCACCGAGCAUCUGACCUAUAUCUGUCGUCUGCGCGGCCUGACGAAGCUGCAAGCCCAGAAGGAUAUCGCCGACUAUUUGAAUAUCCUGCAUGCGGAAAAGCUGGCCCAAAUACCCGUUUCCCAGUUGACCGGCGGCCACAGGCGAUUGCUGCAGGUGCUCUGCGCCUUUGCCGGCCGCACCAAAAUCGUCCUGCUCGACCGGCCAAUAGAGGGCGUGGACGCGGAGCAGCGACGUCACUUCUAUGUCUUCAUCAAUCGCGAGCGCAUCAAUCGCACCAUCCUGUUAACCACCAACUCUCCGCAUGUGGCCAGCAAUCUGGGCGAUCGCAUUGCCAUUGUGAUCAGCGGCAAGCUGCACGGCUGCGGCCUAGAGAAGAGUCUGAUCCAUGGCUACAAGCAUGUCUAUCGAGUGGUUUGCUAUUUGGGCGUCAAGUGCAAUUUUCGGCUCUUGAUCAGUUUCUUCGCCCGGCACUUGCCCGAGCUGAAAGUGGAAUCGAAAAUGGGCGAUAUGGCAGUCUUCUCAAUACAAAUGGGAACGAGAGACGAUAUGAAGGCAUUGUAUAAGCUGAUCAAUUUGGUCGACAGCAAGAUGAACGCACUGCACUUGGACAGCUUUGAGCUGAUGACGACAGACUUGGACCAAAUUCUGCUAAAGGCCAUGAAGCACACGCACAUGAGGGGCACCGGGAUGCUGCGGAACACCCUGCCCAAGCUGGCCAAUCGCAUACGUGCCAUCGAGGAGACCAGUCCGAGGACCCGAACGGGCCGUUUCCUGGCCAAUGUACGCAAGAGUUUCGCCCACAUUCAGGUGGUGCUGAGCAGGCGUUUCCUGAUCGACACACGCUGCUGCACAGUGCCGCUGCUGCAGAUCAUGCUGCCGUCGAUAUUCUGCAUCUGGUGCUUCAUCAUGCCGCAUUUGACGACCAACCGCCAGCCGUUGCCAACAACGACAAUUGCAUUGGGCAUGCUGAAGCGAUCGACGAUCUUGUUGAGCCAGCAGGCGAUCACCAAACCGUUGCAGGAGGCGGGCAAGCGUUAUCUGGAGUUUGCGACAGCGGAUCAACUGAUUAUCGACUUGGGCUCGAACGAAGAUCCGCUGAAAUACAUUGCCAAGUAUACGCCCGAGCAUCUGUUCAUAACCGAUCUCAAUUUCGCAUUGGCAGCAAUAUUCCAGGAUCAGGCUGUCGAGGCGCUAUAUAACAACAAUCUAAUGCACUCGGCGCCAGUUAGCCUGAAUCUGGUAAUGAAUGCACUAGCCGUUGGCUUUGUGGACCCAAGCUCCGAGAUAAUUGUUAAAAUGGAGCUCAUGGGUUAUUCGACUCUGCAUACGUUAAUUUUUUCGAAUGAUCUCAACAACGUUGACUGGGUUAUGCCGUUGACAAUGAGCCUAUGCUGCUGUUAUGUUUGGGCCCUGCCGCUACUUGACUUUGGCCUGGCAAACGAUGCGGCCUACAAUCGCCUGGAGCUGAUCAGCGGCAUGCGCUUCACCACCCUAUGCGUUGCGUACUUCAUUUACGGCGUGCUCAUGGUAUUCAUUUCGAUUAUGACACUGAACGGCAUCAUCUUCACAUUUCAUCGCUCUUUGCCAAUGGAUAUGUAUUUCAAUGUCAUGUUCAACUAUACGAUGUUGGUGUCUGGCGCCUGCAUCAUCUCCAUCAAUAUACUGUUCUCGUUUUGGCUAACAGAGCUGAGACUUGGCUAUAUUCUGAUCAUUGCAUUCUAUUCAAUGGGCAUUGUCCUCCAUCUGUCCCACUGCGAAUACGAUCGGUUCGAUAUUAAUGAGAAUACUCACAAGUUGAAUAUGCUUCCAAACUACGCGCUAUUCAAAAACCUAUUGCAUCUCAAUCACCUAAUGGAAUUAGUCGAGCUGUGCAAAGAUGAUGUCACAUACAAGACCAGCGUAUUUGUCGAGCACUGCAAUGCGUUGCCCAACUGCUGUUUGGAUGCUAACAUAAAUAAGGCAUACCUGAACUUAACGCUUUUCACUUUUCUAUCGAUUGUCAUAAUUUGGGGAUUUAUCUAUAUACGCUAUGGCCUAAAGUUAACUAAGCGAAAUCCACCCAGACGUCGUGAUGAUAUAAAAAAGGACAUUGACCCAGACAGCUGCUAUGACCAAAGCAUUAUCCACUUUAGCAACAAAACGGAAUCGGAUAACUCGUGGAUACGUGAGAAGAUACGUGUGCGUACAAUGGAAUGUCCCUUGGUGCACUCGAAGGCGCUGUAUAUUGAGAAUCUGGCCGUAUUCUUUCGCGCCCACGUAGUGCUCAAGCAUAUCAAUAUGCUGGUGGAACGUUACCAAGUCAUGUCCGUGCUCGGUGUGAACGGGUCGGGCAAGACGGUGCUGAUCAAGACGAUACUUGGGGCCAGCCAUCAGAGCGGCGGCAGCAUUAGCAGCUUUGGCAAACAGUCGUAUCAAUCCAAGCAGCACGAGAACUACAAGCUAAUUGGUUAUUGUGCCCAGGACUGUAAGAUCAAGGAGGCGCUGACCGUGAUCGAGUACAUCCAGGCGGUGCUGACCAUACGUGGUCUGAAGCGGGCGCAAGCCUUGGAGGAGACCAUCAACUUGUUGCGCAUCUUCAAUCUCUAUAGCAGUCGCUUCAUUCUGCUGCCCCACUGCAGUCGCGGCGUAUUGAAGCGCAUUCGGCUGGCAAUAUCGCUGAUCGGGUACGCUGGCCUCAUCCUGAUGGACGAGCCGUUCGCCUACUUGGACCUGAGCAGCCAGCUGACCAUCCACAGUCUGAUACACUCGCAGAGCUCACAGGGCCAGGCGGUGCUCUUUACCACCUCCGAUCCGAAGUACUGUGACAUGGCCAGCCGCACGGCUGUGCUCGAUCGGACCAACCUGUGCGUCAUCGGCGAGCGCAACGAGCUGCAGGUGAAGCACUUCAUGGACUUCAUUGUGGUCAAGGCGCGCAUCAAGAUGAGAGCAUUGCGAGCACCAAACUUGGAUAAAGACGACGAUGACCUGACCGAGUUGUACAAGUUUCGCGAUAUUCGCCACAAUCGAAUUUACUUUGAAUUCUGUUCGAUUAUCGAAGCGUAUUUCCCGCACGCCAUCCUCAAAAACACGAACAAUCACAUUGCCUGCUUCUGGCUAUCGAGGAACAUGUACACCAUGUCGAUGGUCAUGGAGACGCUGCAGAACAACAGCGACAUCUUCUUUCCGUUCAAGAUCAGUGCGCCCUGCCUCAAGUCUCUGUUCAUCAACAUUGUGAACAAACCGAGUCAGGAUGUGCAAAUAAUCCAAGACGAAGAUAUCUAGAGUCGAUGCGUAUACAGAAUAGAUAGUGU